CAGCUUCCAUGGCCACCGCCGAUCCUUUCCCCCGCAAGAUCCGCUUUCAUCCGCUUUCAUCCGCUUUCUCCGCCACGCCGCGGGGGGAGCCUGGACCGGCAUGGCGCAAUCGCUGACGCACUCCGUGGCCUUGGGGAGCAUGCCGCUCAGCGUCAUGAGUGCAGGACAUGAGGACUUGCUUCUCCUGGCGCGAGAGUUGAUGACGCUGUCGCUGCUGCACGAGACAGAGCUCCGACGGAUCGUGGACAAGUACCCACUGGUCAACGAGUUGCAGCCCGAGUUGCCCUCGCUCUCGGCCUCGCGGAUGUCGCAGCUGAAUAGUCCCUAUUAUGUGCGCUCCUCGAUGUCCUCUGCGGACGCGGAGACGCACAAGGCCAAGCCCUCCGGCAUCUCAACCAUCUCCGUCCAGGACGAGAAGAGCGACGGCUCGGAGGGCAUUCCCUGUGCCCUCUUUCAGUCCGAGCCACAGGUGUCCGCCGAGCCGCCGCCUCACUCCCAUUCUCCGAUCCUGGAGGGUAAGGAGAGCGGCAGCCCCUCCUUGGCCAGGGCCAACUCGAAGGCCCGUUUGGGAUCCAAGGCCUCGAUCGUCAGGCCAGAGCCUGGAGAAACGGAUGUUCAGGACACCACAAUGCUCGACAGCUUCAUGGGCGUUGGGGUCCUCCUGAAUGCCCUCCUGAUCGCCUUCGAGCUCGAGUGCGAGGGGAGCUUUGUUGGAACCUCCGUGGGGCUCGGGGGUGACCUGAACUGCGUCGGGAUGCAGCCCUUCUUCUUCGUCGCCGAGCAUCUCUUCACGGGGCUUUUCUUAUUGGAGCUUUGCUACAGGCUUCGGCUUUUCAGAAUGGGCUACUUCGCGGACCUCUUCAACCUCUUUGACACCCUUCUUAUUUUGGCCUGUUGUGUGGACCUCUACAUCCUCCGGACCGUCCUGGGAGAGCAGACGCCUCUCCGAGUCUUGCGGAUGUUCAAGCUGGCGCGAGUGGCCCGGCUGGUGCGCUUGAUGCAGCUCUUUCGAGGUUUGCGGCUCCUGGUCUCAGCAUGCAGGAGUUUUCUGCCCUCUCUGGGCUGGGCGAUGGCGUUGCUGUCCUUGUGUAUGCUGAUGGGUGGGGUGACCAUGGGAUUGCUGCUUCAGGACUUCAUCCGUGAUGAGGCGCAGGACUUGCACCUGCGCCAGUGGAUGUGGCUGCGCUAUGGCACCGCCUACCGGGCCACCUAUACCAUGUAUGAGAUAACUUUUGCAGGAAAUUGGCCACAGAAUGUGCGGCCUGUGUUGGACGAUGUGAGCCACGCAUUCAACCUCUUUUUCGUGACCUAUAUCACGAUCGUGGUUUUUGCUGUCAUCCGAGUGAUUACCGCGAUAUUCUUGUCGCAAACCUUGGAGGCAGCGAUCAAUGACGUGGAUUUGAUGAUCCAAGAACGUAUUCGAAAGAAGUCCAUCUUCGUGGAGCAGCUGGAAGGCAUCUUCCAAGCCAUCGACGAAAGCGGCGAUGGAUUGCUUUCGGAAGACGAGAUGAAGGAGCUUCUCCAAGACUCCCGGGUCCAGGCCUACCUGGAAAGCCUGGAGGUGAACUUACCGGAAAGUGAGGCCCUCUUCCGGCUUUUGCAAAAUAGCGAUGGGCAAAUAACAUAUGAUGAUUUUAUUGAAGGAAUUCUGCGUUGCAAAGGGCCGGCCAGGGCCAUGGACCAGAUUGUUUUGCAGGCGGAGGUCAAAGCUUUGGGCGAUAGCUUGCAGAAGCUACAAAAGGCCAUGGAGGAAGCCAAGCUGAUCCAAGCCUCGCAGCGGCAGCGUCGGAACCGCCGGCACCACACCCAUCUCGCCAGCCAAUUGGCGCUACUGCAAGCCGACAAGCGGAAGGCGAAGAAGGGCUGAGUAAGGUGCACCAGCGCCGGUGCCGCGAGUCUCACCCACAACGUUGGAUGAUUUCAGGGCGCAGAUUUGGGACCGUUCAUGAGAGCUAGCCUCCGGUCUCGCCUCCGGUCUCGCCUCCGGUUUCGCCCAGCCGCGAGCCGGGCGGCGCGGCGUCCCGCCCCGGUGGAGUGGCACAUCGAAGAUAUCGAAGGGUGGAACUUCCGUGCCACUCGGCGAAAGCACCGUUUCAAAGCUUCAGUUCCUGCAGUCAUGUGAAGUCGGGG